AUGUCAUUUGCAAAAAAAUUGGACCGAGCCGUCCAAUGGGCCGGCGAGAAGAUGGGCUCAGAGGCCAAAACUGCACACUCGGAUGAGUUCCAGAGGCUAGAAGCCGAAAUGGCACUUCGUCAAGAAGGAAUGGAAAGCCUACAAAAGGCGACUACCGCAUAUUCGAAAUGGAUCUCUCGUCGAUGUGAUGCAUCUGAGGACAAGAGUCGAGCUCCUCCGACCGCUGUGCUUGGUCGUGCCAUGGUAGCGCAUGGCAAUGAUUUCGAACCGCAUUCGGAGUUUGGCAAUCACCUUGUGGUCGUUGGCCGUGCCAAUGAGCGAAUUGCGAACCUACAUAGCAACUACACCGAAGACGUCAAUGCCAACUGGCUCCAUCACUUGGAUCGAAACGUCGCUAUGAUGAAAGAGUUUCAGGUAGUGCCCACCGGCUUUCUACUUAUUGAUGCCAUCACAUCGUUUGUACAGGAGAUGUUGCUAACAGUCUGGAUUUAUCAGGUGGCUCGCAAGAAGCUAGAGAGCCGACGCCUUGCUUAUGAUGCCAGUGUUGCCAAAAUGCACAAGGCUAAACGCGAUGAUUUCCGUAUCGAGGAAGAAAUGCGUGUCAGCAGAACCAAGUUUGACGAUGCUAGCGAGGAUGUUAUGCGUCGCAUGCAGGACGUUCAAGACACGGAGGCGGAGUCGAUUGGUGCCCUGAACUCAUUUUUGGAAGCUCAACUCAAUUAUCACGAAAGAGCCGCGGAGGAACUUCGACGUAUCCGCCAGUCACUAGUAGACGGCGGCCGAGCAGACUCACCCCAACUUGACGAAAUUCGCAUCUCCCGAGCCCGGUCUUCUACCUCAACCUCUUGGCACAAAACAAGACAAGUCUCUUCGGAGCAAUUGAGUCCAGCCGAGAGACUACCUAUUCGUCGCUUGGCAAGCUCCCAGGCUGCCCAGCCGCCCCCGCCUCUGCCGGCACCUUCCCAAGAUCCGCGCCAAUCGUUGGUCCGUGCUGCUACAUUUGGUGAACGAACUCCAUUAGCAUCUGCGGGCACUAGAAUGCCAUCUUUAGCGCGCACUGCGACUGACAGGAGUUCGCAUACUAGUCCUUCCGAGGAUGUUUUUAGAGAUGAUGAGUCUACCGGCAGCGGAGAUGGAAGCGCUGGAUGGGGCAAUCGUAGUACGAGUUCUGCUACCAGCUACGACAGCUCGUCUCGAAUGACAGGUGGCCAUGAAGUCAAGAAGGCGCCUCCUCCACCACCACCUGUGAAUAGAGCAAAGAAGCCGCCUCCACCACCCGUACCGGCUCGCCGGGCUCAUUUGGGAUAUUAA